AUGAAAAUAUGGAACGGUGGAGUUUAUCGAGCUUGUGCAGAUGGGGCUGCGAAUAUGUUACAGGUUCUUGUCAGGGACCGCUGUGUAAAGUUGCCGCAACUUCUUUGUGGUGAUUUUGAUUCAAUAACUAGUGAAGCAUUACACUUUUUCAAGGAAAAUGGUGUCGUUGUUAAAGAAACCCCAGAUCAGGAUUACCCGGAUAUUUGGAAAGCUCUAAAAUUGAUGGCAAAUACCAUUAAUCAAAAAAACUUGAAGAUUGAGCAUCUUGUGAUUCUUGGAGGUCUCUCAGGGCGGAUAGAUCAUACAUUAUCCUCAUUCGAUGCACUUCUCCGCUUUCAUUCGAUCUGCGAUUGUCCAGUCUUUAUCAUCGAUGACAUCAAUCUGGUUACUUUAUUGCAUAAGGGGACUACAGUUAUAUACCUCGAUAAUCAUGAACCUUAUUUAACUGGAAUUGCUGGCUUCAUGCCUUUAUGUCAGAAGCCGACUACAGUCACUUCAGUUGGGUUUAAGUGGAAUCUUGAGAAUGCCUCGUUGGAAUAUGGUGGUUGUAUCAGCGUUUCAAAUAAAAUUGAAGCUGAUACGGUUUGUUUUCAAACAAAUGCUCCCUUAAUUUUCAGUUUGGAACUGUCCAAAAAUGUUCUUGCUUAG